AUGGCGGGCCGGCGGGCCGGGGCCGGGGCCGGGGCCGGGACGCUGCUGGCACUGCUGGCACUCCGGGCGCUCGGGGCCGCGGCGCACCCGCAGUGCCUGGACUUCAGGCCGCCCUUCCGGCCGCCGCAGCCGCUGCGCUUCUGCUCGCAGUACUCGGCCUUCGGCUGCUGCACUCCCGAGCAGGACUCGGCGCUGGCCCGGCGCUUCGGGGCCGUGGCGGCGCGCGUGGACGCCGCGAUGUGGGCCGAGUGCGCCGGCUACGCGCUCGACCUGCUGUGCCAGGAAUGCUCGCCCUACGCGGCCCACCUCUACGACGCGGAGGACCCAUCCACGCCCCUGCGGACGGUGCCCGGGCUUUGCGAGGACUACUGCCUGGACAUGUGGCAGACGUGCCGGGGCCUCAUCCGGCACCUGUCUCCGGACCGCGAGCUCUGGGCGCUGGAGGGCAACCGCGCCAAGCUGUGCCGCUCGCUGUCUCUGGACGACACCGACUACUGCUUCCCGCGCCUGCUGGUCAACGAGAACCUCAACUCCAACCUGGGCCGCGUGGUGGCCGACGCCGAGGGCUGCCUGCAGCUGUGCCUGGAGGAGGUGGCCAACGGGCUGCGCAACCCCGUGGCCAUGGUCCAUGCCCGGGACGGCACCCACCGCUUCUUCGUGGCCGAGCAGCUGGGGCUGGUGUGGGUCUACCUGCCCGACCGCUCGCGGCUGGAGAAGCCCUUCCUGAACAUCAGCCGCGCCGUGCUCACCUCGCCCUGGGAGGGCGAUGAGCGGGGCUUCCUGGGCCUCGCCUUCCACCCCAGCUUCCGGCAUAAUGGCAAGCUCUACGUCUACUACUCGGUGGGCGUCGGCUUCGACGAGUGGAUCCGCAUCAGCGAGUUCAGGGUCUCGGAGGAUGACGUCAACGCUGUGGACCACGACUCCGAGAGGAUAAUCCUGGAAAUUGAAGAACCAGCCUCGAACCAUAAUGGAGGCCAGCUGCUCUUCGGGGAUGAUGGGUACCUCUACAUCUUUACUGGAGAUGGCGGGAUGGCUGGAGACCCCUUUGGGAAGUUUGGAAAUGCCCAAAACAAAUCGGCGCUGCUCGGCAAGGUGCUGCGCAUCGACGUGGACCGCAACGAGCGCGGCCCGCUCUAUCGCAUCCCGCCGGACAACCCGUUUGUGGGCGACCCCGCCGCGCGGCCGGAGGUCUACGCCUUCGGGGUACGCAACAUGUGGCGCUGCUCCUUCGACCGCGGCGACCCGGCGACGGGCGCCGGCCGCGGGCGCCUCUUCUGCGGCGACGUGGGCCAGAACAAGUUCGAGGAGGUGGACCUGGUGGAGCGCGGCCGCAACUACGGCUGGCGCGCCCGCGAGGGCUACGAGUGCUACGACCGCAAGCUGUGCGCCAACGCCUCCCUCGAUGACACGCUGCCGAUUUUCGCCUACCCGCACAAACUGGGCAAGUCGGUGACUGGGGGCUACGUGUACCGGGGCUGCGAGUACCCCAACCUGAACGGCCUCUACAUUUUUGGAGACUUCAUGAGCGGGCGUCUGAUGUCCCUCCGGGAGAACCUGGAGACAGGCCAGUGGCGGUACAGCGAGAUCUGCAUGGGCCGUGGCCAGACCUGCGCGUUCCCAGGCCUCAUCAACAACUACUAUCCAUACAUUAUCUCCUUUGCCGAGGAUGAGGCUGGGGAGCUGUACUUCAUGUCAACAGGCAUGCCGAGUGCCACUGUGCCGCGUGGGGUGGUCUACAAGAUGAUCGACCCUUCCAGACGGGCACCACCCGGCAAGUGUCAGAUCCAGCCCUCCCGGGUGAAGGUCAGGAGCCGCCUCAUCCACUUCGUGCCCAAAGAAAGUAAGUGCCUGCCAACGGAGACACAGAGGGGGCUUCUGUAGCCCACAUUUGCCCACUCCCGCCCCCCAGAUGUGCAUGCUCCUAGCUGG